GACAUUGCAAACGAAAAUAAAUCAAUAAACACAAUAUUCUUUCUUUCAACUUUUCUUUCUCACCUCUUAUUUCUCAUGGGUAGAUCUCAAGAACACUAUGCUAAAGGUGACAAGAAUUUAGAAGCAAGUUUAAUAGAUCAUGAGGUAACUGAAUCAUUAUCGGUACCUCAAACAAAGAACUGUAAAAGGUGGCUCCGGGUCUCCAUGUACGCACUCUUUGUCAUCUUCUGUCAACCACUUGCUACAAUUCUGGGUAGAUUGUACUAUGAAAAUGGAGGGAAAAGCACAUAUGUGGUAACACUUCUUCAACUCAUUGGCUUCCCUGUACUGGUUGUCUACCGUUUCAUUUCACGAAUCAGACAACCCAUAUCAACAGAUACAAAUAUCAAGCAGUCCCUUGCCUUCAGCACCCGUGCAUCGGUUUACAUAUGCACUGGACUGCUACUGUCUGCUUAUGGUUAUUUGUCUGCAGUUGGGUUGCUCUACUUACCAGUCUCUACGUUCUCCCUCAUCAUGGCCUCGCAGCUGGCCUUCACUGCCUUUUUCUCGUAUAUCCUUAACUCGCAAAAGUUCACUCCUUUCAUAGUCAAUUCUUUAUUUCUGCUUACGGUUUCCUCUGCCCUCCUCGUGGUCAACACUGACUCGGAAAGCGCAACAAAUGUCUCUAGAGCAAAAUAUGUGAUCGGGUUCAUAUGUACCAUUGGUGCUUCCGCUGGGAUUGGAUUGCUGCUAUCUCUGAUACAACUGCUCUUUAGGAAGGAUUUCAUGAAGCAUACAUCCUCAGCAGUCCUGGACUUGGCCAAUUACCAAUCUUUAGUUGCAAGUUGUGUGGUACUCAUAGGACUUUUUGCAAGUGGAGACUGGAAAACUCUGCCAAGUGAGAUGAGAAACUACAAACUUGGGCAAGUGUCAUAUAUCUUGACUUUGGCGUCAGCAGCUAUUUCCUGGCAAGUAUACACUGUUGGUUGUGUGGGAUUAAUCUUCGAGUCAUCUUCUGUGUUCUCCAAUUCCAUCACUGCUGUCGGAUUGCCUAUAGUUCCAGUUGUAGCAGUGAUAGUUUUCCAUGAUCAGAUGGAUGCAUCAAAGAUGUUCUCCAUUAUUUUAGCUAUCUGGGGAUUCCUUUCAUUUGUCUAUCAGCACUACCUCGACGAAAAGAAGAUGAAGACUUGCCACAAAAAACCUGUCGAGGAAGAUACACAAACUUAAUGAAACGUAGCUGCCUUGAAGCCAAGGUCACACAAACAAACAUACAAAGUUGUGCACACAAUCAUGCAUAUAUUCUAUAUAUAAAGCUUGUCUGUGUAAUUUCCAUAAUGGCCCCUGCAAAUGGAUGCAUGUCUCUCUGUACAGCUUGAACAUCUAUAUCAGUCAUGUGCAAGUCUCUUAGGCCAAAUAUUCAUUAUUUAAUAAGUAAAUAAAUUUUGUACAAAAAGGUGCCCAAAUUCCAGAUAUUUAGAACAUCUAGUCAAAAACGAAUUGUCUAAUACAAAAAGGGUGAACAAAGCACACGUUUAUUUGUGAUAUUUUCACUUUGUGAGUGUGACUCCUGAUAAAUAUUGACUA